AUGGCAAAUUUUGAAAGAAGCGGUACUGAUGCAUACGCUGAUCUGGACAAUCAAAAAAUUUCUGAAGAAGGCCAUGGAAACGAAAAUGACGUCGUACUGUCUAAUGAAAGUUUAAUUGAGAAGCCACCAGAUGGAACUGUUGUUGAUUUAAUGGAGAAUGCCCAAGAAAACGCAGAUAUGGAAGUUAAAAAUAAUACUAAAGAAAAUGACAUUUUUUUUAGCGAGGCAAGCAUAAAUGAAAAUGAAAGUGGAGAAAAACCAUGUUUCAAAAGAAGAACUAAACUAAAAAGCUUUCUGGCUAGGAUUUUGAAAAGAAGGAGAAUUAAAUGGUGA